GCCCUCUUCGGGAAUUUGCUUCUUCAGUGUUUAAAGUGAUUGCGGGAUCUUUUCUGUUGUCCGAUGUGGAAUCCCGCUGCUUAACACAAAAAAGCUGUGAAAACCAAGACCGCCUAGGGCAUAAAUGCUGAAAAGCAAUUGGAAAGCAGAAAGAGAUUGCUCCCCUACCUCUCAUUUUUCACCUUUUCCCGUUCUCCCAUUACCUCGGUAUGGCUUGAGGCUAUUUCAUUUUCGUCUCAGUCGACGCUUCUCUUCUCAAAGAGAGUGUCAGUCUAGCUAAACAGUUCGUCGAGUGCUGUUGUUCUGAACAAAUCCAGUUGAGUUUGGGCCUGUUUGAAUCUUGUGAAAUGUGUGUUCUGAAAUUGUUUUGAGUAAAUAGUUUUGUUGAACUACCUGAUGGCUUCGUGUCCUCUUGCCAUCCAGCUGAAGCUGGAGGAUCAGAUCCCAUUUGUGGAUGCUGAAGGUUCUUGUGAUGGAAGUAUCUCAUCUGUGGGAACAGGUAGCAUUCUUGGACACUCCACCACCAGUGAAGAAUACCUGGAAAAAAAUGAAAGUCAAGAGAGAUUGUGGAAGUUUCAUCAGAGUCAUCAAGAUUCCAUGGGAGAUCAUCAUAGUCUGAAUAAUAUCCUGGAUACAGUUUCAUCAUCCCAGACCAGAUUGACAGAUCUGGAUUAUUCCUCAGUAGACCAGAUUAAUGGGUCACACAUAAACAAUUCACAUGAAUCUAUCAAGAUUGAAUCUCAUCUGGACACGGCUGUCACCAUUGAUGAUCCUAUGAAGGAUGAAAGCAAAACUCCUUCAACUAAUGGUACUAGGCACACAAGGCCAAACACUCUCAUCUUGGGAAAGGAUGUCAAAGGUGGAUUUGUUUCCCUAACUUCUGCAUACACCUCUCUUACAGAACAGUUGAGCGAUAACUACGAGUCCAUCUACAACAGCAGCGUUAGUUACGGCUGUAAUGGUCAGUUAAGCCCAACAAAAUCCAUUCAUUCGGCCGCUUCGACUUCCAGUCCAUCACAACCCCAUCACUACAUUUCAUCGUACCGGAUAGCACGAACAUCCUUAUCACGCCGGACGGGCUCCAAAGUGGCACCGACGGCCUCAGCCUCGUCUUCCUCGUCGUCAUCGACCUUGGAUCGGGUCGGAGUGGACCCUAGUCAUCGAUUACAGACGAUACUAAAACAGCGCUAUCAAAAGCUUUGUGACAGUUUGCCGGCCGUCUCGUGGUGUCCGGAUUUCCAGCCACACGUCCGACAAAUGAUUUUCAGUCUGGCUCGCGAUUCCUCCUGGGAGAAGGGCUCGGCGACACCGCAAAGGCCUAAUCUACGCCGGAUACCCCUACAUGGCAUCUUUUCUGAGGAUCGCAGAUCAGAUAGGCCGAAAUCUGGUGGACAGAGAGUUUUAAUCAUGGGCGAGACUGGCUACGGGAAAACAACAUUGCUGCUUCGGCUACUGAACGAUUGGAGCACGCAAGACCCGGCCUUGGGCUACUUGGCACGGUUUAAGCUGGUCUAUUUCCUCUCGUGUCGUGACUUGACCGGGCAACGUGUUAAUUUAUUUGGUACGCCAACUAAAGAUGAAACUGAAUUGGCUAUCAGUUUAGCGGCCGAGACGGAAAAUCAAACGCUUUUCCUGCUGGAUGGGUUGGACGAGCUCAAUAUCUGGCCCGAAGAGAUUAAAGAUUUGUUAGAAGGCCGUCUUUAUCCGGCCAGCACUGUUUUGGCCACUUCGCGCCCGGUGCCGUCAGCCGUGGCUCAUCCGGCAUUUCACAAACGGAUCAUCAUCCACGGUUUCGAGCUGGUCCAUGUCGAAAGCUUCAUUCGCUCUUUCUUCGCCACGCCACACGACCUCGAGCGUGACCAACCUCCCGCAAUGAUGGAUCUGCUACAGGCCCGCCCCCGUCUGAUGAAAUUGGCAUCCAACCCGCUUAUGUGUUUCUUACUCUGUCUCGUCUUCCAAGAAGAGGGCGGCAGAUUGCCGGAAUCGGCUGCCGAGCUCUUUGGUCUACUCAUGCGUUUCGUCAUGCUGCGCUCCCUGCGCCAGCAGCAAGGUCACAUGACAACGCAACAGCGCAAAAUUUUGCUGGACUUUGGCCGUUUAACAUUGCAGGGUAUUAAAGAAAACCGGUACACCUACACUGAUUCGGAGAUUAAAAGCGCAUGCCAAACGCUGGACAUUGUCAAAUGGGGUUUCUUAUUGAAAGGCAUUAACGUGAAUGUCAAAGGACAGAAGCGGACAUUCUACCAACCCAUCCAUUCGGCGUGGAGUGAAUACGCUGCCGCAUUGUAUCUAGCUUCAGUUUCACAUUAUGCCAAUAUUAUACAAAGGGAAGUUUAUAGCCUUCCUUUGGAUGCCGAGCCUUGUUUAACGACUAGCGCCGGAAUCUACCGCAGCUCUCUGCAGGUGUUAUUCUUCCUGUGCAGUGUCCUGUCAAAGAAGGCCUAUUUGCUGUACAACAUCCUGUCUCCGCUAGAUUUCCCUUGUGUGACGCUUUUAAGUUUUCUGCAAACGGCCGGCCGGAGUAAUGUCAAUGUAGCCGCCCUGUGUAAACUUGUCCAGGGUCACGCUUCAGUUACAACUUCAUCUGAAAGUCAACUGCAAAGUUGGGCUGCUCUGGUCGACCAUCCGGAAUGUCUUCUUCAUUCAAUGGCCAUACGCUACGAUGGUCUUGUUGACGGCCAGUCGCUUUUAUCGCUGGUUGACGUCGUCGGACGUAACUCAACGCUUCAUACACUCAGGAUCUCGGCUGUGAUUGGCCAAGGUCUCGAAGCCGUUGAAUUAUCGCAAGUCGCCCGCCAACUCGGACCCAUGAUGAGCAAACCCAAGUUGCAGACCUUGGAGCUGGCAAUCUCGUCCGUUGAUGAAGAGGUGUCCAUCGCCGACGCUCUUCAACCGCUUGUAGAUGCACUUUGCGCCUCAAUUGGCAAAACAGCCGUCUCGAAACUCGUCCUUGACAUGGAAUUAAGUGCUGGACAAGUGACGCAACUCGGUCAGGCUUUGCCGGCAAGCAGCGUCCGCUCCUUGCAUCUCUUGCACUUAUCUUGCGCAUGGAAUGGCCUCCAGGCACUUACCUCCUUGAUCAACAAUUCGGGCAGUAGCGUAACUGGACUCGAUUUAAGUGGUUGCUGGGCCGCCACGUCUUCUGUCAGCCAAACGCAACAGACGGUCGUUGAUUCGCCAACGGCCUGUGGCACUCUGUCCGGCAGUAGCAGUUGUUCGACCGGCUCUCCAGCAGCGACUCCCACACCCGAUCCACUUAACCACCAUUCGCCGCGACCGACCAAGCAACAGCAACAACAAUUUCUCUCUUUGCCCAGGAGACCUACUCGCGGAUCGAGGAGCUACAGCAGCUUGACCAGGGCCGGCCAACAGAAUAACCAACAAGGAUUUUCGUCGUCAUCCAAUUAUCUUUCACGAACGGAUGAGAAACGCCGUUCAGAUUCCAUGCUGUUCCAGAAGGUAUUGCUGCCUCUACCAGCAUGCGAUCGUUCCUCACACCUUCAGUGCGGAUUCCACCUGCUGUUCGAAGCUUUGAGACAUCCGUCUUGCCGACUAACGCAGCUCAAUCUCAGCAAAUCGUCUUUAAGCGUUUCUGACGCCAUGUGUUUAGGCGAAAGCUUAAGAAAAAACCGUGUCCUCGUUUCUCUUCGAUUGGAAGGUCUAUCGAGUUUGAAAGAAGUUCUUCCCGUUUGUUUAUCGCUGGCCGAAAACAAGGCUCUCCAACUACUUGACGUCAGCUCCAAUCAUGUGUUGGUAAACGAUUCCGCAUUCCAGCUCAUCUGCCGCGCCUUGGGCCGAAAUUGUAUUUUACAAUCGUUGAGAAUGUGCGGCUGGACAUUUUGUCUCGAAGAAGAAGAUACUUUCAAAACGCUCUCGGAUGCUGUUCAAACCAGUCGGCUUCGUGAAUUAGCACUUUCCUCAUCUCUAAUUCGCAUCCCCUUUCAAGAUAAACGCAGUCGGUUGUCGUCUGCUUUGCUUGGUCCGGUCAUGCUUGAUGAACUGGUGGCGCUAAUGUCGCAAGAAGGCUUCGAUCAAGUUCGUUCAGACUGGCUGGCUUUCCUGAAACUGGAUAAUUGCCGAUUGGAAUUGAAUAGCAAAUUAACUUUACGUGGCGCCCACUUAGUCUUUUUUACAAGGGGGUUCCAGCGACUAAGUGAAGUCAAUCUUGCUCUUGAUGCCUCCAGCACCACCGAACCGCUGAGAGAUAAAGCAGCAUUGGCAUUUUUCCAAUCCCUGUCGCAAUCUUGUUCCCAACUCAGAACUUUAGUGCUGAAUAAUUGGAAAUUCCAGUGGAGUAAACCAGACAAAGUUCUUAAGGGAAUUGCUAAGAGCCUUAAAAACAUGGCGCUGAGUUGCAUCAGCUUGGAUGGGUUGGUUCUACAAGCGGACCAGCCUUCAUCGGUUGCAGAAUUGUCCUUUGCUUUAGUACUCAUCUCGACAUUAAAUAAUCUAGCACUUCUUUCCCUGAAUGGUUGGCGGUUCAGUAACGAAGAUUCCGUUGAUUUGGGCAAAGCAAUUCGCGAUAAACUGUCUAGCAAUGUGCUGGAAUUAUCUCUAAAAAACGUGCCAUCACAGACGACCAGGUUAAUAGUCAAGGUGGCAGAAGAGAAUGGAAGAGUUAACGUAAGCCGUGGAAGUAGUGCCGGCCUUUACCGAUUCAAGAAGACGGGUCGUGCCCCAAGUUUCCUCAACAAAAUGAUGUUGAUCACGUCCUCCUGGAAAGAAUGAAUUGCAAUCGUUGAGUCUUAGUUGUGAUUCUCAAACUGUGAUCGUUUGUUCCCUAACACAAACCAGAUAGUUUCGAUCUUUACUUCCUUUUUUUUUUGCAUCCCCACCUAAGUGGCGCGUUGUUUUUCGCCAUGAUUUUUCUUACUGUUAUCACAUCCCAUGUUGCCAUUAAUCACAUGACCUUAAUGUAUUGUUGCCUUAUGGACUCGCUGUCUUUCUCGUUGGCUUUUUUCUUCUAGACCCCGUAAUUUUUUUUACGAACCUCUCCUCGUUGCAGGAGAUUUUCUUCCUCUCUUUUCUAAAGCAAUUGGUUUGAAUAGUUUUCACAUAUUGUUUUCAUUAGAUGUUCAAUAUAUUGACAUAUUGCAACAGUU